AUGUUCGCUAUACAACCCCCGCAACAGUCCUCUGGAUCAGAAGACGCGAAUAAAACAGAGAACGUUACUCCCAAUAUCCUUCCUUGUCGAAUUCAUCAUGAUGGUCCCGUUGGAUCCCUGGGCCGCUAUUGGAAGCCCGAAUCCAAUGGAAAAGAUUCAAAUAUACAGACUGCCUACUUCCGCGGCCGUAAGCUACGAGGCCGGCGUGUUCAGAUUCCAAAGGGUUAUGAAGGGGUUGUUGCGCUGCCAACAGAGCUUGUGAUGCCAUCAACCCAAAGCAACGCAAACUCUACGAUAAGCGAGGAAGCAGAACAGGAAGAACCAGUCAAGAUCCUAGAGAAAAAAGCUACUUUCAAUGAAUACGUGGUAUGGGGUCAUGAACUGACACCUGCGGCGGAUGAUUCCUUCGUCAAGGGGAUUGAAGAGUGGCUGAAAUUAGCCGAAGCGAUUCAUUGCCAGCCUAGUGACGAAAAGAAAUCCUCAUGA